AUGACGAGACGAGACUGCCCCUUGGUCCCGCCUGCUGUGUCAUGUUACGUUGUGAGAGCUCGCAGCCGAUUGGUGGAGGAGGCCGCCUGCCAGCCAGGCUGUGCCGGGAGUGGCGAUUGGUCAACCGACGGGUAUGAAUACGAAUCAAGUCUCCGUGAAGAAGUUUGGCGAGCAAAGGCAGCUGCUGAUCGAUGGCACAGACAAGAGAAAAGCAGAAGGAAACGGGAGCAAAGUUCGAUCGAGAGCAACAAGACUGACAGCCAGAGCAACACAGUGAAGAAACAAAUCGGGAGCAACGACCAGGUCAAAGCCAAACAGGGCAAGAAGACUGAAGACACGAAGAUGGAAACCUUUUAUCCACUCGGGAAAAUGAACGAUUCCUACAACUUUAACUUCUUUGUGAAGGUGAUGUCCACGAAGGAGCAAGGCCUGUAUACCCUGAGCUUUCACAACUGCUGCAACGCAGCCCCGGGAAAGCAAGGUGCGGUGGUGUUCGAUAUGAAGAUUGAUAUAAGAGCGAGGAAUCCUAAGAAUUUCCUGUCAGGGGAAAUGCCGCUGCCUCUGUUGUACAUGGUCAUGUCUGGCUUCUUCUUCACUGCGGCUGUACACUGGGUUUACUUGCUCCUGAAGUACAGGUUCAGUGUCUUUAAAAUCCGCUGGCUGAUGGCUUCACUUGCGUUCACCAAGACUGUUUCCAUCCUGUUCCACGCUAUAAACUACCAUUUCAUUGCUGUUCGAGGGUAUGCCAUUGAAGGCUGGGCUGUGAUGUACUACAUCACUCAUCUGUUGAAAGGCGCUCUGCUCUUCAUCACUUUGGCUCUAAUCGGCAUUGGCUGGGCAUUCGUCAAGUACAUUCUGUCAGACAAGGACAAGAAGAUCUUCAUGAUAGUCAUUCCUCUCCAGGUAUUGGCGAAUACAGCUUAUAUAAUCAUCGAUUCAACAGAGGAAGGGACCAGUGAUUACGCCUUGUGGAAGGAAACCUUGUUUCUGGUGGACCUGAUCUGCUGUGGGGCCAUCCUGUUUCCUGUCGUGUGGUCGAUCAGACACUUGCAAGAGGCGUCCAGUACGGAUGGUAAAUCUGCUAUGAGCCUGGCCAAGCUGAAACUCUUCAGACAUUUUUAUGUUAUGAUUGUUUGUUACAUCUGCUUCACCAGGAUCAUCGCCAUUCUCCUCAAAUUCACCGUCCCAUUCGAGUGGCAAUGGCUGUACAGUCUGCUUGUAGAGGUGUCCACACUGGUGUUCUUUAUCUUAACCGGCUACAAGUUCCGACCGGCCUGCAAUAACCCUGACCUGCAGCUGCCACUAGACGAGGAAGAUACUGCAAUGGAUGAGGUAUUGACUGAGUCGGGUUUGCUGGAAAAUGUGACCAAAUUGAAGAAAACGAGCAAUGGGAGAGACAAACUGCGGGAUACCUCUUGAUUAAGCCACCGUAUUCUGUUUCUCUGUGUGUGAGUGAGUGUGUGUGAGUGUGAAUGAAGUAAAAACCUUUCCCAGAAUCCAGCCACUGCACCCCAAAGCUGUGGAACUCUCUCCCUCAGUCACUCCGCCUUGCGCCCCCCCCUCUCCAUUUUCAGCUCGCUCUUGAAGACCUUCC